AUCAUUUCAAUUUUUACAAAAGUCAAGAAACACCUGUCCAAAUGGAAGCUAUCUUGAAAUCAAUAAUGUUACUCAAGUAUCUUCAAUUCAUCAUCAUUUUUUGUAGUGGACUUUGCAUGGCUUUGGUAAUUUGUACAAAGGCAAAAUCUGGAAAAGGAACGAAUACAGCGAAAAGCAGCGGUGGCAAUAAUGGGACAAAUCUGAAUGCCAAAAGAUCUAACACUACUCAAGAUGAUGUCAAAUUCAAUUUGAAUAUCAAAAACACGGAGCAAAAGCGGGAUGAGUUUGAUGAUGACGAAGAGAAUCCACUCGCAAAGAUUCCGACAAAGGCAAGAUUGCCGAAGAAGGAUACUCUGUCAAAAACAUCUUCGAACUCAAAAAUGGAUCGUGAAGCUUCAUAUUUUGCGCCAAACGAAAAGCAGACUGGAAAAUCCUGUUAUAUGAGUACCGCCAUGUCGACAACCAAGACCACAACCUGAUCUCCACUGAGCUACAAAUUAACCUGUUCUUCUAGAUUAUAAAUUUUGACGCUUUG